AGCAACCAGCGAGGGGGCUGUAGGCCCCUCUUGGCCCCCGAUGUGGGCAGGCAGGCCGGGCCAGGGCCAAGGCGCUUAUUAGCGUGGCAGGAAGUUCAGACCCGACCCAGAGGCCUCCAGGCAGAGCAACAGGGAUUUGCGCCCCAGAGUGGCCUGGGUCUCGCGAGUUCCGAGUGGCACCUGCACCAUGAAGGCUGUCUCCCUCCUCCUCCUCGCCCUGGGGCUGCUGGUGUCCCGAGGGUCACUGUGUUCCAUGGACGAAGCCAUCGAUCGGAAGAUCAAAGAGCAAACCAGCUCCCUAAUUUUAGAGGCUCUCGAGAAGGCAGACCUGGACUGCAGAAGCGUCACCUCCACGGGGGACCUGGCCACCUGUCCCGCAGGCUUCGCGGUCACCAGCUGCGCCUGUGGCAUGGGCUGUGGCUCCUGGGACGUGCGCGCCCAGACCACGUGUCACUGCCAGUGCGCCCGCAUGGACUGGACCGCAGUGCGCUGCUGCCGCCUGCAGAUGGCCUCCUGAGCCUGGGGGCGCCGCGGAGGGGCUUGGGGGGCUGAGGAAGCAGGGCCGAGCCUGGGAGGGGGGCUGGAAAUAAACCCGGAGCUGAUGCUCACGCCGAGCA